AGCCAUCGCUGAAGUCAGCGAAACUGAGCCUGGUCUGACGACGGCGACGCUGGAGGCCAGAGCCAUGGCCAUUGCCACGUCGGCCCAGCUUGCCAGGGCUCUCUACGACAACACUGCGGAGUCCCCUCAGGAGCUGUCCUUCCGCCGAGGGGACGUCCUACGGGUACUCCAGGGGGAGGGUGCUGGCGGGCUGGACGGCUGGUGUCUUUGUUCCCUGCAUGGCCAGCAGGGAAUUGUGCCUGCAAACAGAGUCAAGCUCCUGCCUGCUGGCCCGGCACCCAAGCCCAGCCUCUCCCCAGCGCCUCUCCCCCAGCCUGGCUCAUCAUGUCCCACCCCAGAGCGUGGCAGUGACGAGCAGGAGGUGUAUGUGGUACCACCACCAGCUCGACCCUGCCCUGCCUCGGGACCUCCAGCUAGAUCCUGCUCACCCUCUCCCGAGUCCAUCUACAAGGUCCCCAGAGUCAACGGGACACAGCUGACUGCCCCCAGAGAUGUGUUAGAGGUCUACGAUGUGCCUCCCAACAUCCUCCGGACCCCCUCCAACUGUCCCUACGACUCCCCGGCUUCCUUUUCCUGUCCUCUGGCUCCCGUGGCCCCACAGACCCCUGGAGAGGAUGAAGCUCCCUACGACGUGCCUCUGGCCUUGAAGCCGUCUGCCGAGCUGGAGCCAGAUCUGGAGCCAGAUCUGGAGUGGGAAGGGGGCCGGGAACCAGGGCCUCCCCUCUACGCUGCCCCUUCCAACCUGAAACGGGCCUCAGCUCUCCUCAACCUGUAUGAAGCCCCCGAGGAACUCCUGGCCAACGGGGAGAGCAGGGACGCAGAUGAAGGCAUCUAUGAUGUGCCGCUGCUGGGGCCGGAGUCGCCGUCUCCAGAGUCACCCUCUCCAGGAGCGGCUUCCUCCACUGACCUGGACACUGUGGCCCAGCUCCUGACCAAAAGUCCUCCGCCCCAGCACAGGCCCAGGCUGCCCUCCACCGAGAGUCUGUCCCGCCGCCCUCUGCCUGCCCUGCCUGUCUCUGAGGCUCCCGCCCCUUCCCCGGCUCCCUCUCCUGCCCCAGGCCGGAAGGGCAGUAUCCAGGACAGGCCUCUCCCUCCUCCCCCACCCUGCCUGCCUGGUUAUGGGGGCCUCAAACCUGAGGGAGAUCCAGAGUGCAGGGAGGCAGACGAUGAUCCCGCGGGCCCUCACAACGAGUAUGAAGGCAUCCCGAUGGCUGAGGAAUAUGACUAUGUGCACCUCAAGGGUGUGGAUAAAGCUCAGAGUUCUAGACCCCUGGAGAAAGCUUUCCCCGCGGAUCCCGCAUUGCUGGAGAGGGGGCUGCCGGAACAGCAGGAAGUCCUGUCCCCGGAGGAGGAGCCGCUGGUCCUGUCCGCGGGAGACCUACAGCUUCUGCAUUUCUACGCAGGGCAAUGCCAGGGCCACUACUCGGCCCUGCAGGCCGCCGUGGCAGCCCUCAUGGCCAGUACCCAGGCUAACCAGCCGCCGUGCCUCUUCGUGCCCCACGGCAAGCGCGUGGUGGUGGCCGCCCACCGCCUGGUGUUCGUUGGGGACACCCUCGGCCGCCUGGCAGCCUCCGCGUCUCUCCGAGCACAGGUCGGGGCUGCAGGUACAAGGCUCGGCCAGACUUUGCGGGCCACUGUGCUUGCGGUCAAGGGGGCCGCCUUGGGCUACCCGUCUGGUACUGCAGUCCAAGAGAUGGCGCGAUGCGUGGCGGAGCUCGCGGGGCAGGCCCUGCGCUUCACCACCCUGCUCGCUGGCCUGCUCCCCUGAGCGCCUGUUCGCGCAGCCUUAGCUUCCCCUGCCUGCCAGAGCCCUGCUCCAUGUGGCUAGAGGGCUCUGCUUGAGGGAAGGAGAGGGUCCUCCCCCUUUUCAUCUCUUUGGGUCAUCGUAGCCACUCACCGAGGUAUCCCCCCCACCACUCCAUACCUACUGCUUUUUGUAUGAGCCAUUUUGUAUAAAUUAUUUAUAUUUAAUA